CUGGAUUCGGAGCCGGUAAGCCAUCCGAGCUCGUCGCCUAUCUGCUGGGCUUGCGCGGCGCUCUUGCAGGAUCUGAUGAGCUUCUCCACGUCCAUCCUUCUAGAUGUGGAGCAAACGUGUACGCUUGACAUUUUUUAAGUUGAAUCAGUCUCCGUUCAAGCUCCGGCUAUGGCGGCAUCUGCUAGUCAGCUGGCCCUGUUCGCGUUGCAUGCCAGGGAUCAAGGUUUUGGCGCCCGGAGGGAGUGCCCAAUUCCGAGGAUUCUAGAUAAGAGCCGGGCAUCAGCAUCAGUAGUGAGUGUGAGACACGACCUAGUCUUUUCGACAAGGAGGAGCUCCGGAUCCUGCGCAGGUUUUGGGCUGCUGCAAAACAUGGGAUCCGUGGCACCACUUCCGCAGCAGCAUCAACUGGGCUACGAUCUGCUCAUGUCCGCCGUCACACUGUCCGGAGCUCUGGGAUCGCUCAGGUUCUUUGACGAGCUCGCCAAGAGGGACGUGUUCGACAAGAAACUAAGCAGGAAGCUGGUGCACAUAUGCGUGGGGCUCAUCUUCAUGCUCUUUUGGCCGCUCUUCAGCGAUGCUCCUCGGGCGCGAUACCUGGCGGCCAUCGCCCCGCUCACCAACGCUUUGAGAAUGGUGGCAUUUGGAACUGGGCUGUUGGAGAACAAGGCAUUUGUGAAGGCGGUUAGCCGUGAUGGCCACCCCAGGGAACUGCUCAAAGGGCCGCUGUACUACGCCAUCACAAUCUCCAUUGCAACGCUCUUUUUCUGGAGGAAUUCACCAUGUGGUGUGGUUACGAUCGCCAACUUGUGUGCUGGAGAUGGCUUCGCUGAUAUCUUUGGACGAAAGUACGGUCGCUGGAAACUCCCCUACAAUCCCAACAAAUCGCUCCAAGGAAGCGUUGCGAUGUUUGUCAUGAGCGCCGCAUUCUCCAUGCUCUAUACGUUCCUCUUCUCGCAAUUGGGCUACUUUGACAUGGGCGUGAGGACAAUCAUCGGGAUUGUGGCCGUGUCGCUGGCAACCACGGUCGUGGAAUCGCUGCCCAUAAGCAGCGCUCUUGACGACAAUCUAACGGUGCCCGCCACCGCCAUGGCCGUGGGCCUCUUGACCCUGUAAAAUCCACUUGUUUUUUUUCUUCUUGAGCCAA